AUGAACUGCACCCAGCACCGCCCCGAGAGAAAUCUCCUCAAGCAGAGCCACGGCUGGCUGGGCCACCAGCGCUCCGCCAGGGUUGGAGACAGGAGCUCCAACAUGGCUGCUGCUGUGCCUGCGACUGUGACUGCUUCCAGGAAGGAGUCUCCCGGCAGGUGGGCCCUGGCAGAGGACCCAGCAGCCACGGGGCCUGCACUCCAGUGCCGCGUGUGUGGGGACAGCAGCAGUGGGAAGCACUAUGGCAUCUAUGCCUGCAAUGGCUGCAGCGGCUUCUUUAAGCGCAGUGUGCGGCGUGGGCUCAUCUACAGAUGCCAGGUGGGCAUGGGGAUGUGUCCCGUGGACAAAGCACAUCGCAACCAGUGCCAGGCCUGCCGGCUGAAGAAGUGCUUACAGGCUGGCAUGAACCAGGAUGCCGUGCAGAACGAGCGCCAGCCCCGGAGCACAGCCCAGGUCCGGCUGGACAGCUCUGAGUCUAACAGCGAGCCCCGGCACAAGCUCCAGGUGGCCAACCCAACCCUGACAGGGCCCGGGGCCCGGGGCCCCACUCCUGUGGCCCGAGCCCUGGGCCACCAGUUUCUGGACAGCCUCAUAACAGCUGAGACCUGCGCAAAGCUGGAGCCAGAAGAUGCCGAGGAGAACAUUGAUGUCACCAGCAAUGACCCCGAGUUCCCCAUGUCACCCUGUGGCCUGGACAGUGUCCAAGAGACAUCAGCUCGCCUGCUCUUCAUGGCUGUCAAGUGGGCCAAGAACCUGCCAGUGCUGUCCAACCUGCCCUUCCGUGACCAGGUGAUCCUACUGGAAGAGGCCUGGGGCGAGCUCUUCCUCCUUGGGGCCAUCCAGUGGUCCCUGCCCCUGGACAGCUGUCCCCUGCUGGCUCCGGUCGAGGCCUCAGCGGCCGGCAGCUCUCAGGGCCGCCUGGCGCUGGCCAGCACGGAGCGGCGCUUCCUACAGGAGACCGUGGCCCGCUUCCGGGCGCUGGCCGUGGACCCCACAGAGUUCGCCUGCAUGAAGGCCCUGGUCCUCUUCAAGCCAGAGACUCCGGGUCUGAAGGAUCCCGAGCAUGUGGAGGCCCUGCAGGACCAGUCCCAGAUGAUGCUGAACCAGCACAGCAAGGCGCACCACCCCAGCCAGCCCGUGAGGUUUGGAAAGCUGCUCCUGCUCCUCCCGGCUCUGAGGUGCCUCACUUCUGAGCGCAUUGAGCACGUCUUUUUUUGCAAGACCAUAGGGAACACCCCCAUGGAGAAGCUGCUUUGCGACAUGUUCAAAAACUAG